CAUUUCGGAAAGCUGCUUGGGGCCGAGUGAAAGUGGUGUUGAAAGGCUGAUUAAAGGAAGAAUGGAGGCCAGAGUGCAGAGUGCGGUGCAGAAAAGGCAAGUCCUACUUCUUUGUGUAUUUCUGGGAGUGUCUUGGGCUGGCGCGGAACCGCUUCAGUAUUUUGUGGCUGAGGAAACCGAGAGAGGCGCCUUUUUGGCCAACCUCGCCAAUGACCUGAAGUUGGGGGCGGGUGAACUGUCAGCUCGGGGAUCUAGAAUCGUUUCAGAUCAGAACGUAGGAUUUUUACUACUCAAUCCGCUUACUGGUGACUUACUGCUCAAUGAGAAAUUAGACCGAGAGGAACUGUGCGGCCCCACAGAGCCCUGCGUGCUGCCUUUCCAGCUGCUACUGGAAAAGCCUUUUCAGAUUUUCCGUGCUGAAUUAUGGGUCAAAGACAUCAAUGACCAUUCUCCAGUGUUUCUAGAUAGAGAGAUUCCCUUGAAAAUAUUAGAAAGCACCACUCCAGGGGCGGCCUUUCUCCUAGAAAGGGCACAGGAUCCAGAUGUUGGAACCAACAACUUGAGGAACUACACCAUCAGCGCCAAUUCCUAUUUCCAUAUUAAUGUGCGUGACAGUGGGGAGGGCAAUGUCUAUCCCGAACUAGUACUGGAUCGCGUGCUAGACCGUGAAGAGGUGCCUGAGCUCAGUUUAACCCUUACCGCCUUGGAUGGCGGCUCUCCGCCCCGAUCUGGGACUGCCCUGGUACACAUCCUAGUUGUUGACAUAAACGACAACGCCCCUGAGUUUGUACAGUCGCUCUACAAGGUGCAGGUGCCUGAGAACAGCCCCGUAGGCUCCCUGGUUGCCACCGUGUCAGCUAGAGAUUUAGACACCGGAAGUAAUGGAGAAAUAGUUUAUGCAUUUUUUUAUGCCACUGAAAGAAUUCUCAAAACGUUUCAAAUCAAUUCAACAUCUGGCAAUCUUCAUCUUAAAAACGAAUUAAACUACGAGGAAAUGCAAACUUACACAUUAACCAUUCAGGCCAAGGACGGCGGAGGGCUUUCUGGAAAAUGCACGGUGAUGGUUCACGUAACAGAUAUAAAUGAUAAUUCACCGGAACUGCUCAUGUCAUCACUUCUUACCUCAAUUGCAGAAAACUCAGCAGAGACUAUCGUAGCUGUUUUUAGGAUUAGAGACAAAGAUUCAGGUAACAAUGCAAAGAUGGUGUGCUCCAUCCAAGAUGGCCUCCCCUUCCUCCUGAAGCCAUCAGUGGAGAAUUUCUACACCCUGGUGACAGAGACACCGCUGGACAGAGAGACCACAGCGGAGUACAACAUCACCAUCACCGUCACCGACAUGGGGACCCCCAGGCUGAAAACCCAGCACAACAUCACCGUGCAGGUGUCCGACGUCAACGACAACGCCCCCGCCUUCACCCAGACCGCCUACACCCUCUUCGUCCGCGAGAACAACAGCCCCGCCCUGCACAUAGGCAGCGUCAGCGCCUCCGACAGAGACGCGGGCGCCAACGCCCAGGUCGCCUACUCGCUGCUGCCGCCCCGCGACCCCGGCCUGCCCCUGGCCUCGCUCGUGUCCAUCAACGCGGACAACGGGCAGCUGUUCGCCCUGAGGGCGCUGGACUACGAGGCCCUGCAGGCGUUCGAGUUCGGCGUGGGCGCCACGGACCGCGGGUCGCCGGCGCUGAGCAGCCAGGCGCUGGUGCGCGUGCAGGUGCUGGACGCCAACGACAACGCGCCCUUCGUGCUGUACCCGCUGCAGAACGGCUCCGCGCCCUGCACCGAGCUGGUGCCCCGCGCGGCCGAGCCGGGCUACGUGGUGAGCAAGGUGGUGGCGGUGGACGGCGACUCGGGCCAGAACGCCUGGCUGUCGUACCAGCUGCUCAAGGCCACGGAGCCCGGGCUGUUCGGCGUGUGGGCGCACAACGGCGAGGUGCGCACGGCGCGGCCGCUGGGCGAGCGCGACGCGGCCCGGCACCGGCUGCUCGUGCUGGUCAAGGACAACGGCGAGCCGCCGCUGUCGGCCAGCGUCACGCUGCACGUGCUGCUGGUGGACGGCUUCUCGCAGCCCUUCCUGCCGCUGCCCGAGGCGGCGGCCGACGCGGCGCGGGCCGACCCGCUCACCGUCUACCUGGUCGUGGCGCUGGCGUCGGUGUCGUCGCUCUUCCUGUUCUCGGUGCUGGCGUUCGUGGCGGUGCGGCUGUGCAGGAGGCGCAGGGCCGGCUUGGCGGGUGGCUGCUCGGUCCCCGAGGGCCGCUUCCCGGGCCACCUGGUGGACAUCACCGGUACUGGAACCCUGUCCCAGAGCUACCAGUAUGAGGUGUGUCUGAUGGGAAACUCGGGGACCAGCGAGUUCAAGUUCCUGAAGCCGAUUAUUUCUAAUGUGCAGUCCCAGAGCACAGGGAGGGAAGCGGGAGAAUAUCCUGCAUUUCAAAAUGAUUUGGGUUUCUGA